AUGAACUCCACCUGAGGACAAGGUGAACGACUGAGAUGGUGACAUGGUCACGCCAGGAGAAUAGAUCCAUCUUCCAGAGAGGAUGGGCUCGGCACCGGGAUGCUCCAGCUCCCUCGGUCCGGUUUGUCGCUUUAAGACUACGAUCUCUUUGUGUGUCUGAUGAAUUCAAUGUGCGGCGACGCGUCAGCGGAGAAGCCUCAUUAUUAGACGAGCAGCCCCACACACACACACACACACACACACAGAGAGAGAGAGAGAGAGGCAGAGCUGUGCGCUGAGGGGAACAAGAAGAAAAACUGAAAUUAUUAUUAUUAGUAUUAUUGACAUUGAACCGUGGGUGUUUUCUUUUCCCUUUUUCAAAGAUGAGGACAUCUUGAGGAUGGGUUGCGCACAUUUGGAAUAAAACCCUGCGUCCGUGCGCACGAUAAGGAGCGGGGGCUUUUUUUUUUCUCCAUCCACCAGCUGGAGUAAAAAAAAAAAAAAAAAACCAACCCCAUCAGAUCCCAGGAGGAGGACAGAAGAUCGGAAGGCAUGUCGUCGGAAAAACACGGUUUCGAUGACUCCGGCCGUCAGACCAUGCAGCCGCCUCCGUAUCUCUCCGGCCCGCAAGACCCCAACCUGGGCCAGCAUCCCAACAUGGGCCAGCAUCCCAACAUGGGCCAGCAUCCCAACAUGGCCCCCGCGCCCGGCACCCAGCCCAGCUACCCUCCGCCGCCUCCUCCCCCAGGCUCGGAGGGCUACCUGCAGGAGACCCAGUUCCACUGCGGCCCCAUGGGGCCUGCGGGGGCCCCGCAGGGCUACACCGUCCAGACCCAGGGGCCCGGCGGCACCAUGUCUCACCCGCCCGUCGGGUACAUCCACCCGGGCUACCCGCUGCAGCUGCAGCCCUGCACGGCUUACGUGCCCGUCUACCCCAUGGCGUCGGGUCAGCCCUACAUGCCGGCCGCAGGAGCCCAUCCCGCGAUCCCGCCGGGCCAGAUGCACCCCAUGCAGAUGCCGCCCAGCAUCACCCUGAUGGACCGCCGGCCGCCGCACGACUACCUGCCCAUCGCCGUGCUCACCACCGUCUGCUGCUUCUGGCCGACGGGCAUCAUCGCCAUCAUCAAAGCUGUGCAGGUGCGUACGGCGAUCGCCCGGGGGGACAUGGUGACGGCGGAAAUAGCCUCGCGCGAGGCGCGCAACUUCUCCUUCAUCAGCCUGGCCGUGGGCAUCGCCUCCAUCGUGCUGUGCACCAUCCUCACCGUGGUGGUCAUCAUCGCCUCGCAGCACCACGACGACGACUGGGAGCCGUAACGCCGCGCGGACGGGGGUGGGGGGGGGGUGGGGAAAUAACCGUGGCAGAUAAUAGCUGGGGCUGACUACUCGUAAAUUCUGUGGAGGAAGUUGGGAGCACUGAAAAUGCACUCAAAACUGCUACUGCUUUGCCGGCCCUCUGUGUACAGCUACACACACAUACGCACACAUAUAAACACACACACACACACGUCUGACCUUAUAACCUGCUGCCAUCAGACACACACACCCUCGACCAAAAAAAACAGACCCAUCACAGGAGACAUUCAAAUGCCAAAUACAAGCAGCUGUCAGACGAGGGCCCACAUUUGCCGUAAGCGCAGCUCAAUAUUUACUCUCAGAGAUACGAGCUGCAGGAAAAGCUCCUCGCGUCACCAAUUCAUUUGACGCUGAUUCGCUCCCGCUGAUGAGGUUUUAAAUGUUCCAACGACAAAGUCGGACCCUCUCCCUUGAAGCUGAAGUUUAAAAGACACCGCACUCAAGGACAUGUAGACCCCGUUUUUCUCUAAACGUACCCGGCCUCCAAACUUCAAACCAUAAAUAUAAGUAUUAAGAGGGCGACUUUAAAAAAGGAAACUUAAUUAAGUCAGUGUGAGGAAUAAACAGAGCGUUGGACUCAAAAGGCGGAACACAGCAAGUGAACACAAAAGCCACAUUCAAAGAUGUGUUUUUUAGGAUAGAUCGAUGCACAUUUCAAGUUUUACAUGUGCACGCACACAUGUUUUUCUACUUUAAAAAAAGGAAAGGGGAAAAAGAAGGUGCCAUGCUUGACCAGUGUUAUUCACAGAGUGUACAGUAUCAUUGCUGGUACGACCGCAAAAGAGACUGUCAACUGGAUUUAAAGCAUCAGAGCGGGAAGAUCAAUACACAUUUAACACACCAAAUGGAGACUGGACUGCACAAAGUGACUUUACACACACACACACACACACACACACACACACACACAGAAUACUUAUUUAUUAAACUGGUCGUUUGUGAGCUACGUGGACAUUUUAGCUGGACGAUGUGACGCAUAACUUUACGAAUUCUGUGUUUGUUAAUUUAUUCAAAAGCCUUCUUUUUUUAUUUAUUCGAUAUCUGCCCACGCUUUGACUUUUGUCUGCCAUAAUUUACGGUGCAUCGCUGGUUUGCCGCGGCCACGCGCGCCCGACACUUUGAAUCGGCCGAGAUGUCGAUGUCUUGCGACGAUGACGUUGCACUCUGUAGUGACCAGAUGGGACGACGUCGUAGCUCUUCUAGUGCAUGAUGAAUAUAAAUUUAGGCUCAUGGGCUUUCAGUGCAAAAAAAAAAAGUUGCUUGUCGCUCAGCUGUUGGCUGGGAAAUACUCUCUCAAAGUUUCAGUCAGUGUGUGGUACAGUAUUUUUUUCAAUAGUGUUGAACUUUGGAAACGGGAAACGGAGACGAUUUGAAUAACGACUACGAGUAUUUUGAAUUUUUGGAGUUGCCAAAUAUUGUUUUUGUUGAGUAGUUUACCAGUGUAUCGGCCUGUGUUGUGUUUUGCACAUCUCUUCGCUAUUUAAUCUCAGACGCUGUGAAACGAUUGGACGUGUCGAGGCGACACAACCCUGCAUGUCGUCCUCACUGUGUUUCCAUGGUGUCUUCAAUACUUUGAGGCCAAAUGGCGUCGCCCUGAGCAGCAGCUCAUGAACAGUCCUUCGAGGAUUUUCAGGAGUUGAGGGAAAACUGAAAAUGAAUGUUUCCAAAAAAGGAGAGAGAGAGAAAAAUACUAAUGCCUAUACUGUAUCGUAGCACUUUCUGCUCUAUGACAACUUUCCUCUGGUUCCUUUUCUCUCUCGUCCCCCGACUUUCUCCUGAACCACACACGACUUAUUGGACCUAUUUACAUAUCUCUUCUUUUCGUUCCCUUCCCCCUUUCUCCUCUGUUUGUCCCGAUGAUAAUGCUAUUUAUUUUUUUUGAAAGAAUUAUACAUAUACAGUAUAUUGAAAAAUUCAGAGAAUUACAUUUGUUGACAGUGAACACAAAAAGAGAUGGUAUGAAUACAGUUUAUGUCAUAGUUUAUUCUUUAACAAAUAUCUAUUAUUAUGAUUAUGAUGAUGACACUGUAAAUGAUUGAUGUGUAAUAUAAGUACAUUGAACACACCUGGGUUUGUAUUUAUCAAACUUCUAAGAAUUAGAUGUGAGGUUGCUCUUCAGUAAAAAAACAAAAAAACAACAAAAAAACUUCCCUGUUUGGUUUAUCUGAAUUAAAAUUUUUCAUAAUUUUAAAGACACGACAAUCUACAAUAUUCACGACACAAGACGACAUAAUAAUUUGCAUUGCUUGAGAUACACGUUGAGGUUCAAUCACUCCAAAAAAUCAAGCCUGCUCGUGAAAAGUUCCACAAAAAAAAUGUUGCGUCUGGACGUUUACAUAUAUAUAUAUAUAUAAAUACAGCCCCGACUGACACAUUGAUAACUCAGUGUUAGACGAGCAAAUGAAGCACGUGUAGUGUUAAUAUUAUUCUACAGGAGGCUGUGGCGGUGAGUGAAUAGAGUCACGCCCAGCAUGUCUAGUUUUAGGCUGCGUCUCCGCUGGGAUGCGACGUACUCCACGUUUCCCUUAUCCCCUGUUCUCCGUUUUGUUUCGUUUUCAAAGCUUGUACAGUAAAAAUUUGCGACGGGUCGCUUGGUUCACAGAGGCCCCGAUCCGACCUGGUGUGACGUGUGUGGUUCUCCUGGGGCUUUUCUCGAUUCUGAUGAUGUGCCAUGGCUGUGUUUGCACAAUGCGUUUGGUUGUUUUUUGUUUGUUCUGACUUCCGUUGUGUGAAGUAAAUGAAUAAAGAACCCUUCCGGGGUCGUGUGAGUGACGUGGCGGCGAAGGCGGCGAAGUGUCGUUCCUCUGCUCUGUGUUUCACCGCUCGGCUUCAUCCUC